GUCCAUGCAGAGCCUGUUUGUUUGGUGAAGGGAAGGGAGGCGUCUUCUGCUCUCAGUCUUCUCUCACGAAGUUCUUCUGCAGCGCAGCUCUUGGUUCUGUGAUGAUAGUGAUGAAUAGUCACAGUGUGCUGUGAUUCCUCAAGCAGGCGGGCUGCUAUGUGUGUGUCACAGAGCUAAAGAGCGAGGGGGGAGGUGAAAGUUCACCAUGGCUUGGCCAUAUCAGGUGACAAUGUGGAAAAGUUUGGCUGCCGCCUCAUAUUAAAUUUCUCAAACUCGGAGAAUGACAAGCGAACGGAAAUACAAUGAAGCGGACGGAGAAAACGAAGCGCUGUUGUUCGAUUAUUAUGACGAUGAUGAUGUUUUCGACACAUUCACUGACGGAGACUGCGGCUGUGAUGAAGGAGUGCUGGGCUUCAGUGAUCCGUUCAGCAGUGAGGUGAAACCUCGGAUCCUGCUCAUGGGCCUGAGGCGAAGCGGCAAGUCUUCCAUUCAGAAAGUUGUAUUCCACAAGAUGUCACCCAACGAGACUCUCUUCCUGGAGAGCACUAAUAAGAUUUGUCGGGAGGACGUUUCCAACAGUUCCUUUGUCAGCUUCCAAAUCUGGGACUUUCCGGGUCAGAUUGAUUUCUUCGACCCCACAUUCGACUAUGAGAUGAUAUUUCGUGGCACAGGGGCUCUCAUCUUUGUCAUAGACUCUCAGGAUGAUUAUGUGGAAGCAUUGAGUAGGCUUCACCUCACAGUGACAAGAGCCUACAAGGUCAAUCCUGACAUCAACUUCGAAGUGUUCAUCCACAAGGUGGACGGCCUUUCAGAUGACCACAAAAUUGAGAAACAGAGGGACAUACACAAACGCGCCAAUGAUGAUCUAGCCGAUGCUGGAUUAGAAAGAAUACACUUAAGCUUCUACUUGACAAGCAUCUAUGAUCAUUCAAUCUUUGAGGCCUUCAGUAAAGUUGUGCAGAAACUCAUCCCUCAACUUCCCACCCUUGAGAAUCUGCUCAACAUUUUCAUAUCUAAUUCAGGGAUUGAAAAGGCUUUUCUCUUUGAUGUGGUCAGUAAGAUCUACAUAGCAACCGAUAGCAGCCCGGUGGACAUGCAGACCUAUGAAUUGUGCUGUGACAUGAUAGAUGUGGUUAUCGACAUCUCGUGCAUCUAUGGGUUGACUGGAGAUGAGGCAGGAACUCCCUAUGAUAAAGAAUCUAUGGCCAUCAUCCACUUAAACAACACAACGGUCAUGUACCUAAAAGAAGUCACCAAAUUUCUUGCCUUGGUGUGUUUCAUCAGGGAAGAGAGUUUUGAGAGGAAAGGACUUAUCGACUACAAUUUCCACUGUUUCAAGAAAGCCAUAGAGGAAGUGUUUGACGUGCGCUUGAAAGUGCAGAGGAGUCGGAAGCUUCUGAGCCAGAGGAGGUGGAGCAGGCAGACUGUGCCAAACGGGACUCAGGUGCAUCCUCACUGAAGAGCAUUAAAAGCUCCCUGGCCUGUUAGAGUCACUCCAGGGUGAAGGCUUCACACAGACUCUGCUUGUGCUUUGAAUUUUCUUCAGGGCCAUUUCUUGCUCUUCAGCAAUCCAAAAUGGUGAUAUAGAUUCCGUUGUGCAUUAAAUAUCUUGCACGGCUAACUUAGCUGUCCAUGCAAAGUUGUACAGUAGCCUAAGCAACUUUUUUGUUAUUUUCAAUAAUAUUUUUUUUACUCAAAAUCAAUCAACUGUGCUUCAAUUUCUGGCAAAAUAUAUGGUAAAAGCCAUUUCCAAAGUACAAGUGCAAGCUCAUACAAUACUUUUGUCGCGUUUUUACAGUAGGGCACAAACAUCUCAUUUAACUUCAGAAUGCACUGUAGAACUAAAAAGUAUUUUAUUU